AUGCUUGUGGUUCAUUCUUCUGUUACUCAUGAACGUCUUGACCAGAUUUCCACGAAAUAUCAUCUUGUCGAGGAAGACAGAGUCGUUCUCCCUAGUUCUAUGGUGGUUAUUGAUUGUCUGCCAUCAAGUAUAGUUGGUUUUUAUCUCUAUUACUUCGAGUUUCCUUAUCGUAAAGGAUUUCAUACUCUUGGUAUAAUUAUUGAUCAGAAGCCCGAUAUGACUCCUGAUUUAAGUCAAGACAUAGAUAAGAUAUGCCGCUUGAAUGUUAUGAUGAAAAAAUUUCCUACGGCCGUAUUGGGUCAGGCCGAUGGAAGUCAGUUACUCUUCCUUUUGUCUGAGUUUGUUGAGGGUAAGAUUUUAGCUCUUAAUCUUGGUUCUGAUGAUUUCAAUCUUCCUAUUCUUGAUGAAAACUUUGAUGGUAGCUGGACUGAGGGCAGUAUUAACAAGGAAUCAGAGUCCUUGUUCAGAGUUCAUGAAUUGUAUGAUGACGAUACGGGUGAGAAAACUCUAAAUGUUAUCACCAUCUUGUUAUUGUUUUUUGGGAUGAUGGUGAAGGUGAAAGUGGAGAACAGACGCUUGUUCUUUGUAAGAGGGGUAGGGAUUCAAAAUUGCUUCUAUAGCUCUUGCGACUGUUCUAUCUGUUGGCGAGGGUAG